UGGUCGGAAUGACCGUUGGUUUAUCUGAACAGUAGGAUCCGAACCAUGGGACAAUCAGGACUUGUUUUAGCUGUUGUACUGUAUUCCACUCUAGGGUUAACGUACAGUAAACCUUACCAUCAGAGAUCCUGGUUCCAUGAGCGGAAUGUUCCCUCCUAUAGCCAUCAAUCUUCGUCUUUUUCACAUAAAUUUCCUUUCGGGAGAAACUUUCCGUUUGGUCCAAACAUUUCUCCUUUUGGAAACAAUUUCCCUUUCGGUCCAACAAGAACCACCUCAUCAUCCACUUCUUAUAUAAAACAUCCUACUGCACCUACUGAACAUUACAGAUCAAGCUUUACUCUUCCUCCCUCCCAGAUACACCAUCCCAACCCCUUCCUGCACAGAAGCUUGGGACAUCAAUCAUUCUCACCCUUCCAGAACUUCCAUAGGGACAUUUUCGGUCUUCACAAUAGACUUAUUCAGCAGUUGGACCGGAUACUAGUUGGAGCAGAUGAUUUGGAAGAUGAAGAUCAGGUUCAAGCUGAUCAUCUUCUUCUACCUGGAGGAUUUUCAAUCAGGAUCCUAGAAGCUAAAGAAGCAACCUCGUCCCAGGAGGAGGAGAAGGAAGAGGAUGAACUUGUUAAGCUGACGAAGGAGGUGGAGGAGGAAGUGAAGCAGAUCAAUGACAGGGUUCGAGGGGUGGCGGAGCACAUGAAGAACCUCUUCACUUCAGAGACUGGAAUUAUCUCGACCUUGGCAAAACUAUUCGAUCUAGAAGUAGAUAAAACAUCAAAUGAGAACUCAUUUGAUAAUUCUGAUGAUGAAGAUAAAUCUGAUGAUGAUGAAUCUGAUGACGAAGAUGAAUCUGAUGAUGAGAAUGAAUCUGAUGACGAGGAUGAAUCUGAUGGCGAGGAUGAAUCUGAUGAUGAGGAUAAUGAUUCUAAUGCUGUAUAUGAAUCUAAUAAUAGCAAGGAUUCCUCUCAUGAUGAAUUUUUCAAUAAUAUAAGGGAAGGUUCUGAUGAGAACAUGGAAUCUGAAGAUCAAAAUGAGGACUUCAACAAUGAUCUGACAAGUAAUGAUGACACAACAAUUGACGAAGAAUUACAUUAUUAUAAUUCAGAUGAUGCCUUAUAUAAGGAUGAUCCCACCUAUCAUCCAAAUUACGAUAUGUUCUAUGAAAAUAAUAAUCCAUUAGAAGAGACUUUAGAAGAAUAUAUAGAAGCUUCAAAUUACAAUGAAGGAAACAUAACCUCUGAUGACCAAAAUGUUGCUAAUGAAGAUACCCAUGAAGAUUAUGUUGCUACUGAAGAUACCCAUGAAGAUCUUGUUGCUACUGAAGAUACCCAUGAAGAUCAUGUUGCUACUGAAGAUACCCAUGAAGAUCAUGUUGCUACUGAAACCGUAAAUAUUGUUUCUAAUAAUCAAGACAUACCUGAUGAAAUAACAAAUGAUGUUACUACUGAGACUGAACCAGCACUUAGAGAUACAGAUGAAAGAGAAAAUGAAGAACACAUCUCAAACAAUGAAGAAAAGCAAGAUUUGCACCAAGACUCUGAAAUGAGUGAAGGUUUGAUGAAGAAACGAAUUGAAGAAGUUCUUACAAGGGUUUAUGAGACUGACGUCGAUGAAUCAAUUAAUGAAGUUGAAAUUGAUCAAAUGAUUGAAGAUGAUGAUAAAACUUUAGAUAGUUUCAUUGCUCCCAGAGAAACGGCAUCUUCUCCCUUGGAACAAGAUGAAUUUGAAGCAAAGUUCAUGAAAACUCUAGGAGACACUGAUAUCCCAGAAGUAUUUGUCCAAGAGAAGGAAGCAGGUCACAAAAACGAUCCUGAAACGAUUGUAAAUUCAGAUAAAGCAGAAUUCAGCUUACCAGUAGAAAAGGAUCAUUAUCAAACUAACUUUGCAGAAACAACUAAAGAUUCCAAGCCUGAAGAAGAAAUAUUCAAAAAGAGCGAUGGGUCUGAAAUCAUUGAUGGUCCUGAUAUGCCCAAAUUGGAUAGCAUUGAACAACCUGAAGACCUGGACUUUAAUUCUGUACUUGAUAAAUCUGAAUCUGUUCCUGAAAUUGAGAUAAAUGAGGAUUCAGCGGAUAAACUAAAGAAAGAAAACGAAAUUGACAUAAAUGAAUCUGUGAAAGAGGUUGAGGAGAUUAUCCAAGUGCUGGAAGAACUAGCGGGAAUGGGUAGUCCUGAGACCCGACUCUUCUCUCAAGACCCAACCUCGGAAAUUAUUUCCAAACUAAAGCUGAUAAAAUCUACCGAUGAGAAAACUGUUGAGACUCUGCCUACUCCUGCAGCUCGUACCUUCAGCAAACUAGGAGAAAAUGACGAUCUUUUCUACAAAAUCUAAGAUUAUAUUAAAUCUAAUGUUUUUGAAUUUUGAAACUGAAUUUUUUUUGUUGUUUUUGGAAUAAAUUUACUCAUUUCUUGUAA